AUGUCAGAUAAUACUUAUGCUUUAAAUCCAAUUACACAGAAUAAAUUGUGGAAAACAAUUGAAUCUUUACUUAAUGUAUCUAAUAUAAUCAGAACUGUAUGGAAAAAAAAGCAUUUCAAAUCAAAAGGUUCUUCAAUUAAUAAAGUAGUAAAUGCUUUAGCCAAAGAUGAUAAAUCAAAUAUAAAGAAAUCAUUAAUUGAGGUUGAACAGAAAUGGCCUGAAUUAUCUAUUAGUGAAAAAAAAUUAUCAAAGACUUGGAAGAAAUGCUUUGUAGCUUCAUAG